UGACUAAUUUUAGAUACUCUAUCUCUCAAAUUGUUUUUUCAAGCAUUUUUGUUUGAAAUUAAAAUGUAAAAGAAACACUGGAAAAGUCAAGAGAAGAAUCUUUAAAGCUCUAUUAUUUCUCUGAGGAAAUAUUUGUACAGCUGACUCUUCAGCAAAUAUAUUUCAAUACCUUGAAAGUGAAUCAUAAUAAAAUUUUGCACUUGGGACGUGAGACAAUUUAAUAAAGAAUUAAUUUACAGUCUGCAAUGGAGCCUCCUUCGUUAGACUUGGCUAAAGUGUACGAAAGUAAAAGUCCUCAGCUAAAACGAGAAGAUGUGACGAUUUUGCAAGAGUGGAUCAAUGCUAGGAAAUAUAAUACGACUGUAUUGGAUGAGAUUGAUUUAAUUUCCUUCCUCUGCGAGUGUGAUUAUGACGUUGAAAUGGCCAAGAAACGCAUCACAGGAACAAUUCUAUUUCGCAGUCGAGCAAAAAUUUUCCAGGAUAUCGAUAUGAGAAGUAAAAGUGUUAAAGCCGCCAUGGAGUCCGUACUCGUAUCAAGCCUAAAACUAGAAGAUGACUCUUGCAAAUUGGCAAUCUUCAUAAAAAUUCUACCCAGUGACCCUCAACAAAUAGACAUUGCAAAUGUGAUCAAGGUGAUAUUAAUGUAUAUCUAUUUGUGGUUUCGCGGACUGGAACCACCAGUUGAUCACGUAAUAAUCGUAGAUCUUGAGGUGAUCACUUUGGCACACUUGGAAGCUCUCAAUCUACAGUCAACUCUGCGAGAAUUGUCCUGCUUCUACAAUUACUUCUCAUUGGGCACAUUGAAAACACUACACUUUAUCAACGUAGGAUCAUGGAUUGAUCAGUUGCUUUCAAUCUUGAAAUCUACAAUGGGUCGUGAUUUCAGCGAAAAAAUCUGCGUGCAUACAAACGUAAACAAUCUGCUUGAGUUCAUAUCACUUGAGCAUCUGCCUAAAGAAUUGGGUGGAAAUUUUCUCGCAUUUCAUCAAUUGCAUGAGGCGAUGAAAGAAUUGCUUGGGAAGCAUACCGAUGAAUUAUUGAAGAAGUAUGAGAUUCAAUCGAAUGAAUUUCUCCAUAUUGAUUCAAAAUCUUCAAAAUCAUCUAAUCCCGAAGCUGAUUUAUUUGGUGCUGAUGGUACUUUUAAGCAAUUGGAAAUUGAUUGAAUUUGGCAACAAUUUGCUGGAUAAUUUCAGUUAUAUUCCCCAUUUCACUUUUGAUGAUGAAUAUCUUAUUUAACUGUUAAUCUUGCUGAGAAAAAAUGUGGACAUUUCACAGCUCUGAGAAGUAUGCAAAAUUUUAUAAGAAAAAAUUUUAGUAAAUUCAUGCCAUUGACUCUUUUAUGGGUAAAAAAACUCGUGAGGAUUUCCCUGAACUUACCAAGUUCACUAAAAAGUUUUAUUUGUUGGCGAUGGCGGCAUCAACAUUUUCUGUACUGAAGAGUUUAUCAGGGUCAAGUAUACUCUUACAUUUUUCUAAACAAAAUUUCCAAUUAAAAUAUGAUGUAAUGUAAAGCCUAAAGGUUUAAUAUUUCUCGAUGUUACACUAAGAACUAUGAUUUGUCAUAUGAAAAAUAAAUUAAUGGAUAUGUGAAUAAAAAAAAUCGUAUAAAUUAAGAAACAAGCGAGAAAGAAUAUUCUUCAGUGAAUUAAGCAAAAUAAACACCCACAUCUAUUCAGCAAUGAAUAUUAAUGGACUUGAGCCAUAUUUUAGGCUGUAACUUUUGAUUGUAUGCUAAUAAUCAUUUCAGAAAAUUUAAAUAAAAGUGAAAAUAAUAAUCUUAUAAUAAAUAAAUUUACUAUCUUCA